AUGGAUACUCAACAGCCUAUUGUAAUUGACAAGAGAUUUAUCAGACAAGUAUAUCUACAGCUGCUUGAACCCACUUUGAGAGUCCCUUGGAAAUGCUUAAUGUUUAAAACUGAUGCUAGAUCUAAAGCUGUUGUCACCAUGUGGCUUCACCUCCAGGGAAGACUGCUUACAAAUGAUCGAUUGAUGAAAUGGGGUUUUCAAGUUGAUGCCGAGUGUGUGUUUUGUCAUGCACCCUUAGAGACCAAUGAUCAUCUAUUUGUGUAUUGUCUAUUCGCUAAAAGCUUAUGGGACAGAUUGUUGCGAUGGCUCCAAAGACAAUCCUAUUAUGCAACCAGUUGGGAACAACAUCUAGAGUGGGUAAUCAAACAGGCUAAAGGCAGAUCCCAAGCUGCUUCUAUUUUCAAGCUGGUAUAUGCUGAAGUAAUUCAUGCCAUUUGGAUAGAAAGGAAUCAGAGAAUUUUUUAG